AUUUGAUGAGGAAUAUCCGAUAGUUACUGUAACAAUGGCUUCUCUCUCUCUCUCUUGCCCGACCAACUGCCACCCAUUGUCACAAACUGCCCAACCUGCCCGUUGUUGGGACGCUUUCCCUCUUUCUGAAGCGGCCUCCUUUUCACACCCAUUUGCUAUUUCUCUCUCUUUCCCCAUCUUUGGCUCUUUUGACUAAGUUCCUUUAGUGAGCUUGAGUUGUUUUCCAUUUCCCCUUCUGUUGUAGAGCAAUUUAUUAUGUGAUCUCGAUCUUUUUUUCCCCGUUUUUGCUAUUUCUGUGAUUUGGGUACCCUUUCGUGGGAUUCAUCGGUUGAAAUUUUAUGGUUAAUGAGCUGAUUUUUCAUGUGGGGUUUCCAUGAAAGGUGAGAUUUCUGGGUUGUGAGGUGUUGGAAUCUGUUUUUAGGGGAUUUGGGGAUAUGGGUUUGGCACCUAAUGACUCGAAGGUGGAGACAUGGAUUGAGGGCAAGUCGAGAACAGCCAGCGAGAAGAAGAAGAAGAAGGAAAAUGAGUUGGAGGAGGAGACUGGAUGUUGGGUUAAGUUGAAGUUCAUAGGAAGUUGCAUUCCUUCGAGAUCAAAGGUUGAUAGCUCCCUAAGUGGAUCAAAGGUCGAUAGCUUCAUCAGUGGCACCAGUACUCAUUGCGACAGUAAAUGUAGACUCGAUGAAAAAAGAGAGAGUUUGGCCACUGCAUUGGGAUCCUCAGCAACUACCGAUAAUGCUGAAAGUAGUUCGUCCACACCCAAGCUUAGUGCCGAGCUGAAGGUUGCUUCUAAGCUUCGUAAGUUCACUUUUAACGAGCUUAAGUUAGCCACAAGAAAUUUCAGACCUGAGAGCCUUCUUGGCGAGGGAGGUUUUGGUUGUGUUUUCAAAGGAUGGAUUGAGGAGAAUGGAACUGCUCCUGCUAAACCUGGAACUGGGCUUACAGUUGCAGUCAAGACUCUUAAUCAUGAUGGUCUUCAAGGUCAUAAAGAGUGGAUGGCUGAAGUUAACUUCCUUGGUGAUCUCGUCCAUCCUAAUCUUGUUAAGUUGAUUGGUUGCUGCAUUGAAGAUGAUCAAAGAUUAUUGGUUUAUGAGUUCAUGCCUCGUGGAAGUUUGGAAAACCACCUCUUCAGAAAAGGGCCCUUGCCACUUCCAUGGUCCAUCAGAAUGAAAAUUGCGCUUGGUGCUGCUAAAGGCCUCACUUUUCUUCAUGAAGAAGCUCAAAGACCAGUGAUAUAUCGUGAUUUUAAAACGUCUAAUAUUUUAUUAGAUGCGGAAUACAAUGCUAAACUCUCAGACUUUGGACUUGCAAAAGAUGGUCCCGAGGGUGACAAGACUCAUGUUUCAACUCGAGUUAUGGGAACCUACGGUUAUGCAGCUCCAGAAUAUGUGAUGACUGGACAUUUGACAUCAAAAAGUGACGUCUACAGUUUUGGAGUUGUCUUGCUCGAAAUGCUAACUGGUCGAAGAUCGAUGGAUAAAAAUAGACCCAAUGGGGAGCACAACCUUGUUGAAUGGGCUAGACCACUACUUGGGGACAAGAGGAAGUUCUACCGGCUGAUAGAUCCCCGGCUCGAAUGUCACUUCUCGAUCAAAGGUGCACAAAAAGCUGCAGAGCUUGCAGCUCACUGCCUCAGUAGAGAUCCUAAAGCCAGGCCUGUGAUGAGCGAAGUUGUUGAAACUUUAAAACCUUUGCCAAACCUCAAGGACAUGGCGAGUUCUUCCUAUUACUUCCAGACCAUGCAAGCAGAGCGUGCCAGGUCCAACCCCAGUGCUAAAAGUGUAGUCCGCACGCAGUCCAUGUUUGUGGCAAGGAACGGGCAACACAUUAGAAGCUUAUCAAGUCCAAAUGGUCCUCAUGCUUCUCCAUAUAAUUAUCCUCACCAGUCGCCAAAACCCGACAGGAGAUAACCUUAAUAACCGACUCGAGCAAGUUAUUACCUCGAAUCUAACACUUAUUUGUUAAAGCAUAAUCAAAGUGAAUUAGCACAUAGGAUGGUUUAGCCCCUUGUCUAUACAGUUGACUUUAUGUCCAUAUUAGAGCCUUUGAAAAGACAUUUUCAGUUUUCCUUUUGUCCAUUUAUUCUUUCCUCUUUUUUUUCGUUUUUAGAUUACGGGUGGGAUAUGGAGGAGCAGAGAUGAAGUGGAAGGAAGGUUGAUUUGGACUGUGUUCUUUGUAUGCCAUUGAUUGAUAGUUGAAGUGAUGAGUUAAGUAGAUAAGAAAAUGAGAAUGAUGGUAGAUUUGAAGAAAGUUAUUGUUAUGAUGCUAAUUUGUAAAUCUGAUUUGUUUGCUGUAACUAUCAUCAAUCAGUUGUGUGUUUAUGA